CCCUCUAGAGUUGCGCAAAGGGGGCAUUGAAUACGAUAACAGACAGAUGACAUACAGGGACGAUACUGAUGUCCUCUAUUCCUGACAUGAUGGUGGUAGCUUUUGGUUGCCUCUUUGUGCUCGUUAUUGGACGAAGCACGGCCCAAACUAUAACAUGCCAGCCGAUGACCAACGUUGUCCACCACAAUGCGAGUCGUGGCUUCAUCAUCAGCCCUGGAUACGAACGAAGUGCACACUACCCUCCGUCGAUAACCUGCUCUGUGACGAUAAAACCUCCCAGUAGAGAACAGGGAAUCAGGUUGAAUUUCGAAGACAUGGACUUAGAAACGACCCCUUACUGCAGCAACGACUUCCUCAUGAUCAAGGAACUAAUGGGAGAAAGUGAAAUAGAAAGGGGAACCUACUGUUCCACUCAAAUUCCGCGGCCACUGCUCUCUGCCUCUGGCAAUGGCGUUCGCAUCGAGUUUACCAGCAGCAGGCUCCGCGCCGGCAGAGGAUUCAAGAUACGAUUUUCUGCUACCAAUGAUUACACUCUGUGUCCGGGAGACUACGAGUGCCUAGACAGGUCCUGCAUUCCUGUCUCACAACUCUGCAACGGGCAUUUCAACUGUCCUGACGGGUCGGACGAGGAGUGCGGUUCAACAAUUGCACAUGUGGCAGCGGACGGCCAGUGUGGAGUUCCUGUCAUCCAGCCAAUUGAAGCGGUAGAGGAUCGUAUCGUCGCUGGAGAAGAAGCUCGUCCAGGUAGUUGGCCGUGGCAAGUUAGCCUUCAGGCUGCAGGCAUAGAGCCCAUGGGCCACGAAUGCGGAGGUUCUCUCAUCAACAGUGAGUGGGUGGUCACAGCGCAACACUGUACUGACGGUACAAAAGCAAGUGAGAUGAUUGUGAAGGCGGGAUGUCACGACCUCACUGCGAGGGAAGACACUGUGCAGACUCGGAAGGUCUCCAAGAUUAUUCGUCAUCCAGCUUACUUCGCACACAGUAAGGAUUCUGACAUCAGUCUCAUAAAGCUUCGCACCCCAGUGAACUUCACCGAUCACGUACAGCCUAUUUGCCUUCCAAAGAACAUGUUCUCGGUACCAGCCAUUGGAAGCAAAUGUUAUACUACAGGCUGGGGACUAACGAAAGGCACAGGUCACUGGACCCGCUUAAAGCAGACCCCUGUGGUGAUUAUGCCAUUUGAGAGCUGCGACACCGAAGCCAUAGCUUCGUACGGAAAGACGAGACGCAGAAGCAUAUGCGGGACGGCUCCCAACGGUGUUGCUGGAGCCUGUAGUGGUGACAGUGGCGGGCCUCUGGUAUGCCAGAACCAGCACGGAACUUGGACCCUUCACGGCGUCUCCAGCCUUGUGACCACAAAUUCUGUGAUCGAGGCGCUUUGCGGCAUGGGGGAUCAUCCAGUAUGGGUCCGAGUUUCUGCGUUUCUCUCUUGGAUCCAAGAUGCUGUGCGCAGCACCUAGUACAGAGGAAGGUCGAACAAUGAACUUGGUUCCCGCACAGCAUCGUUUUCAGUGGACAUUACAAACAUCACUGGACAUGAAGCGUAUGCUAUCACAAAUCAGGGAAGUGACCAUGCACGUGGUCUCCAAGUAAUGUUAUGACAUUAAAAUUGCUCUCAUGGCAAUGCGUACGGUGUAAUGCA